UUGACGUUGGAGGGGGAGGACGAGCGGAGUCAGUCUACCUGCUAGUUCUAGGCGCUGAACAUGCCGGAGAGGACGUCUCAUAAAAACCGUCGCCUGUUUCAGGAAUGAACCCAAAGGAGCGGAGAUGGCCAGCAUACUGCAAAACCUGCCUGCCGUACCAGUCCUCCUACUCGUCGCUACCGUCCGUGCAGAUCUUGGAUUAUCAUUUAUUAGAUCUCCAGAGCCGAUAGUGGCUCCAAUUGGAGAUGAUGUCGUAUUUGAAUGUUCUCUCAAUGUACCUUCAGAGGCUGUACGGUGGAGGCAUAACGGUGUGGCCAUUGAGCACGAACACCCUACAGCUAUGAGGCCAUCUGCCACAAGUCGGCUCCUUGUCAAAUUCAACGAUGAAAAGCAAGAGGGCGAUUACCAGUGUGUAGCAUGGUUUGGUGCAUCAGCUUUGGCAAGUACUCCAGCCAGGCUUACGACGGCCCAACUUCAGCCGUUUCUUUACCAACCACAUCGGCAGUAUACAGUAACUGCAGGGAACAGUGUAGUAAUAAACUGCCCGCCACCAGUCAGCAAGCCUGCAGCAAUCAUACAGUAUCAACACAAUAAAAAUUUAGUGCCAGAUAAUUCCAUUAUUUUGCCAACAACAGGGUCUCUAUUGUUAAGCAAUGUUAGUGAAAAAGACUCAGGAGUCUACUCGUGUUUUGCUACCAAUUAUAUUACAGGUCUAAUUAUUGAUUCUCCAUUAAAAAUCACACUGACUGUUGAACAGCCUAAAGAACCAUCACCACCGAGGUUCCUUUAUACACCACAAUCUAAAUAUGUCAUCCAAUCAAAACAAAAUGUGACAUUGGAAUGCAGUGGUGUCGGACAACCACCACCCAAGGCAACUUGGAGGAGGGUAAACGGAGUCCUUCCAAAUGAUAGGAUAGAUUUAAGUUACGGUGCACUCACAUUAACAAACGUGCAGCCUUCUGAUCAGGGCCAGUAUGUGUGUGAACUUAGCAACGGUGUGCCCCCUAUGCAGGCCCAUCUUGUCAGCUUACAAGUUCAAGUUCCUCCAGUUGUCACAAAAGGACCGGCCAAUGCCGUGAUAGAAGAAGACAGUGAUACUGAAUUAGUCUGCGAAGUCACCGGAGCACCUUCGCCGAACAUCACUUGGCUGCUAAACGGUGAAUCGGUAAACAACGAUUCUCACAUAAUUCCCAUCAGUGGAAAGCUUAUGAUAAAAAAGAUUCAAAAGAGGCACGCUGGUAUCUACCAGUGUUUUGCUUCAAACCCAGUCGGUACGACAUAUGGCUCUGCCAUGAUACAAGUAUCACCUACACAGGUGACGCAAGUGGGCGCUGAGUACUCUCCCGAUAAUGAAGAUCCAGAAUUUGAAGUUUCAUUCAUAGAAUCUUCAGAAGGGAGUUCUGCUGCAUCGGUGGCACCAGGAAGAAACCACAAAAAAGACCAUAGAAAAGGUAAAGGAAGAAGAAAAGAUAAAAAGCACAAAGCUGUGAUGAUACCACCCACAAGGCCAAACAUAACAAGAUUAUCGGAUAAAUCUGUAAUGGUCAGGUGGUCCGUACCGAACAACGCUGGACUCCCUAUUCAGUUUUUCAAAGUACAGUUUCAAGACUUGGACAACAGGCCUUCAAGCUGGAUGACUAGCAACGAAGACAUACCCCCGCAUAUAAGAAGCUACGAGGUCGAUAAUCUCACAACAGACCACCAUUAUAAGUUCAGAAUAGCUGCAGUUUAUUCAAACAAUGACAAUAAACUGGGACGAAAUUCUGCCAAGUUUCAUUUACAAAAGGGAUCACCGAGCAAUCGGACUCCUCUUUAUCCUCCAACACUGACUCACACUGAGGCAAUUAGCCCAACGGAAAUCCGAAUACACUGGGAGUAUCUCAAUUCCGUUCUGGCUCCUGUCGAUGGUUUUUACGUCUAUUACCGGGCGACAACGAGCGCAGGGGAUUACAUAAAAGCGACAGUCGAAGGAGAAAAUACGAGGAACUUUGUCAUUACGCAUCUCGCCCCGGACACAGCUUAUGACAUCAAGCUUCAAAGCUUUACUGUAGGGGCUGCUUCAGAUUUUAGUGCGAUACUGACACACAAAACCUUGAGAGAGGCAAAUGCAACGGAGGCACCUGUGCCAGAUGUGAUCGGCAUAAGUGGUAUAAGCUCAACUGAAAAAACUAGUCAUGGGCAAUUGUACUUGGUGCUGGGCACUGUCAUCGCAGGGCUCACUCUCCUCUUGACUCUCGCAGUCGCUAUAUGCAUUUGCUAUAGACGUUCAAUCAACAGCGAUGAUCAUGAUGGUGUAGAGAGUUGUGAUAAGAGUGGAGGAGUCGAUCCAGGUAUCACUAUACAGCCAUUAGAGCCGGUGACUAUCAACGGUUUUGUCCACAAUGGAAAAGUAAACGGUCGAGUCGGGAAUGGAUUUCUCCCGAGGUCCAUGAACAUCACAAACAAUCCACUCGCCGACUCUGAGCAAAAUAAGAAUGUAAUGGAACUGACUUAUAUGACAAGUCAGAAUAAUAAUUGUACUUCUUCAGAGGGGAGGAGUGACAGAGAAGAUGAUUUGGAUCUAGAUUGCGGGAAAAGGCGAGGGAGUUGGCGAAGCACACGAGUCCCAAGAUCUGGAGAAAACUACGUAUAAUUGUUCCAACCAGAAAUAUGAGUAUUAACGCAUUGACAAUUUGUCUUUUCGACAGAAACUAUUUGAUUCCUAUCGUCUAUUUAUUUUCUCAUAAGUUUUAAUAAAGAACUAAUGUGAUCUUAAUAUAUUGUGAUUUAAAAAAACAAACUGUUUUGCUUAUGCUGUGUAGAAUAGUGUAUAAAAGUUGUGUUUAAGCUGUGAAUGAUUGUAAUUUGUAAAAUUAAUUAAUUUAUAAGCACAAUAAUACAGAGUGAAAUUUUUAUUUAUGCUGAAGACUGCAUGUAAUCAGAUAUAACUAUUUUACCAGGAAAUUAAUGUAAAAAAAGAUUUCUUUUUAUACAUAUAUAUAUUAAUUAAAUUAAUUGUA